UUUAGGUUACAAAAUGGCGACGAGUCGUCUGCUAAAUUACUGCUAGUCCAUUUUAGCUUCUACGGAGGUAACAUAUCUCAUGAAAUCUGUCCGCACCACGUAAGGCUCCUGCUCAAGGUCACAAAAUUAUGCAAGGCCACUGAUACGGCGCAACGAAGUCCCAUGCUGGUCCAGCGGCAGAACAACUCGACAGAGCCGCUAGAGUCCGUGAACAACGUCACGACACAGGAGGUUCCCAUCCACCUAGACUCGGGCUGGAACUCUACCAGCCUGGCCUAUGUCUUUGUGCCACUGGGACUGGUCGUCUGCUUGGGGCUCGCGGCAGCUCUGGUCGUUUUCCUGGUCAGGAAAAGCAGGCUGGACCGGCUAAGGCACCACCUGAUGCCGUUCUACAGCUUCGACCCGCAGGAUGAAGGAGAGGACUGGGAGGCAGAACUCCUGGAAGAGGGGCUCACCCAUAGACCAAACCCUGCAAACAAGAACCCGGAAUUCCACGAGCCUCCCAAGCUCGCAUUCCGUUCGGUGCUCUGAAGAAGUCCCACCUCCCAACCACGAGACGCGAUUAUAUUUAUUAACCUCCGAAUCUCACCAGACCAGUUGAAUGUUUAUUCUGCCCGGCGUCACGCCGGCAGAGGUGUACAAUGCCCUAGCAGUCAUCCUCUCUAGUCUCCAUGGAUAUGCCGUAGCAGCAGACGAACUCUGCGGGUAGGUUUCAUCUCGCCACGCCUACUGCAAUACUCAAGAUAAGCUGGUACUACCACUAACCCCUACAAGGCCACAAAGACUUAAUAAAGAUGCGAACUACCA